CAAAAAUUUUUGAUUUGAUUCAUAACAUAUGUAUUAGCUUUUUUGAAUUUCCGAACGAUAUGCAGAGAAUCAGUUUCACAAAAUUACGCCCACUAUUGCGCGAAGCCAAUGGGUGUGGCCAUAUAUCCCCCAUGCUUGCGCUAACACGUUCGAUUCAACCAUCUCCGAUUGAGAUGAACAAGUCUGGAAGCACUCCUGGCAAGAUCACACUCAAGAUGGCCAAGCUGCAGAAACAAUUUCAGGAGAACAAUGAUAAACCUGUCUUUCUCAAAGGCGGAGCCAUGGAUUCUAUUCUCUACAGACUCACUCUGGUGCUGUGUGUCAUCGGCAUUGUUGGAGAUGCAUGGCUAUGGCUUGGCUACAUAGUAGCCUAAUCAUAAUCAUAAUCGUAUUACAUAGAUAGUCACGCAGAAAAACAUGAAAUUUAGUUCAAGUCUAUGAAGCUCAACAUGUGGUAAUGUUACUGUACACAACAUAACACAACAAAUUACACUUAAUAUUGUUAAUAAAGAAGCAUUCCAUUUCAAUAUCAAUAUA